GUCAAUAUGAUGGUUAAAGCUAAUCUGAUGCUGGUAGUGGUCAUGUUAUGGACUGGAUCCUUAACGCUGGCCAGCCCUCGACAACAACCCAAUACGAUGAGAGGGUUUUGGGAAAAAUCUGUUUGUGAUAAGUACAAUCUGAUAGAGAACGCUGUAUGGAUUCCAAGAGAGACGUGUGAGGAUAACAAACGGUUUGCUUGCAAAAUCGGUUAUCAAUUACAAAUCCAAACUUCCUGUACGAAUGGUAAAUGGUCUUCGGAACCAUCAUGUCAAGCUGUUAGGUGUCCACUUGGUGAAGAAAUCGAAAAUUCCGUUGAUUUAACACCAUCAGGUAUAUCUGGUGAAGAUUAUGAUUUUAACUGUUUGACUGGUUACACCAGGCGAGGUUUGAAUGGAACUUUGACAUGUGGAGAAAAUGGAGAUUGGAUGACGAAAACGCCAUGCGAGGCUGUUAGGUGUCCACUUGGUGAAGAAAUCGAAAAUUCCGUUGAUUUAACACCAUCAGGUAUAUCUGGUGAAGAUUAUGAUUUUAACUGUUUGACUGGUUACACCAGGCGAGGUUUGAAUGGAACUUUGACAUGUGGAGAAAAUGGAGAUUGGAUGACGAAAACGCCAUGCGAGGAUUGUAUCAAGUAUUACAAUGGUACAAUAGUGAUAGUCGGAACAAUUUUCUCUCCAUCACCAUUCGGACGCCCAACAGAUGUGGAGGGAUGUAAUGAACUGUGUAGCAAUACUUCCCAAUGUAACUAUGCAAAUUUAUUUAGACAGGACUAUUGCGUCCUUUUCCGAUCACCAGUCAUCUUCGCGAGUGAUGAUUACGAUCUUGACCAAUGCAUGAAACAGUGUAACGAGAUGAGUGAAUGUGUAACGAUGAGUAGUGAUAAACUAAAUAUACGUACUGGAGGACAGCUAUGUUACUUAUUUAAAGUUCCACUGAACGAGAUACCUGAUGAUUGGAAACUUCUUGCUGGAAAGGGCACUACCUUAACAGAAAAAAUAUGUUAAUAACAUAAUAAUAUUUAUCAUGAU